AUGACGGUUCAUAGAUAUGUGAGGGUGAUGCUAAAGCUGUGUAGUGACAGCGGCUCUCAGUCGAAACAUGAGCCACGUGGGAGCCAUGCGAUUCACCGGAGCGGAAUGCGCGCUUCGGCCGCCGGCCAGGGCAGAGGCACUUCCACGCUGCCGCGGAGCUCAAACAUCAGCCUCUCGCUCGCCUUGGAGCAGGAGGCUGUUGGGCACGGCGCCGUGAUUGGUGCCGGGGAGGCGGACCUGAGGAAUUCUCAGCGGCGCAAGCGGCGCCUUGGCCUUGACAGCUUGCACAUGGCGAUUUGCUUGAAGCUGCCACACGAAGCCAUCGACUCCGCUGAAUGUGCUGCGGAUGCGCCUUGCGCGCUGCAGGCCACUCAGCUACGUGCACAGCGAUCCCAUUCUGAGGAGAACGUCACCAGCCAAGAGCUGGAAGACAGUGCCGGCAACGCAUCGAUCCACCAGCUUGCAAACGUCAGCGAUGAGAUUGAUGAGACGGCGGGGUCUGCAGAGGAGGUCCAUUUGGGGUCCAUUGCCGAUGGUCCGGCAGCGAGCUACACGGCGGAAGAGUUGACAGCUUUGAUGGCUCUGAGCAGGGGGGCUGCCCAGCGCACCAAUCAUACGGAUGAGUGGGGAAAUUCUCAUCCCCUUUCGUUUACCAAGCAGUGCUACAGCUUUACAGGUGGAACCUGUGCCCACCUGGGCUGCGACUACUCCCGGAUGUCCCAGUGCAACGCGGGCAGAUGCGUGUGCCCAGGUGGUUGUGCUGGAGCCGAUGGCAGGUGCUAUCAUUCAGGCAACAUCUUGGUGGCCAGUGGCUUCACGCUGAGAAACGUGAAGUGGCCAAAGUACAGGAUGUACUUCAAGAGAGUCAGCGCCUGGAAUCAGAUGGGGACGUCAAGCAUGCCGAGCUGGUCCUUUCUGGGCUCGGACAAGUUCGAUUUGUACCGGGUUCCAGGCACUUACAAGGGGAAUGCUCUGUACUUCUUGGCUUCUCACCAGUGGCCCGAGUACGUUCUGGCUAUUCGAGCCACAGCAGGAACGGCUUUCAGCCCAUUCGGCACGUACACGGUGAAGUUGAAGGACGAGUCUACGCCGUGGAAGCCGGAUGACAUCAUGAUGAGGGUCUGCAGUAGGGCAGCCUACGGCAAGCCCAACGAGAUCAGGUUUGGCAGCGCCGGUUCAGUGAGAACCAUCUGGGCGUAUGUGCACAGUGGAGAUUGGGACGUCUGGGGUGCCAUGACCUCGCCAGGCGAAGGCGGCAAGUGGUAUGCAGACCCGCCGAUCCCGGCAGGAACUUUGUCGCCAUGCUAA